UACACUGCUUCCAAGCACCAUGGCCUCCCCUAAGCUCCUCCAUGUCGCUGUGGUCAUGUCCAUCUCCAUCUCCAUGGCAUCACUCGCAACUACUCCAGAAGCCGCGGGUGGCAACGGCAUCCAGCUGAUUUUGGUGAACAACUGCGCGGAGCCGGUGUGGCCUGGCAUCCUGGGCACCGCGGGACACCCCACGCCGCAGUCAGGCGGCUUCCACCUGGCCCCUGGCGACGAGGCCGCCUUCGAGGUCCCCCUCGGCUGGUCGGGCCGCGUGUGGCCUCGCCGGGGCUGCUCCUUCGACGCCCGCGGCCAAGGCACCUGCGCCACGGGCGACUGCGGCGGCGUGCUCCGCUGCGACGGCCGCCCGGGCGCCACCCCCGCCACGGUGGUGGAGAUGACGUUCGGGACUCCAAAGUCCCCGCUGCACUUCUACGACGUGUCGCUGGUUGACGGGUUCAACGCGCCGGUGUCGAUGACCCCCGUGGGCGGCGGCGCCGGGUGCGGGGUGGCCGGAUGCCAGGCGGACCUCAACUUGUGCUGCCCGUCGGCGCUGGAGGUGAGGGACCGCGAGGGAAGGAUUGCCGGGUGUCGGAGCGCGUGCAGGGCCAUGGGAGGGGACAGGUACUGCUGCACGGGGGACUACGGGUCGCCGGACAAGUGCAAGCCUACCGUAUUCGCGCACCUGUUCAAGGCCAUCUGCCCCAAGGCAUACAGCUACGCCUACGACGACGCAACCUCCCUCAACCGGUGCAAGGCCAAUCGAUACCUCAUCACCUUGUGCCCGCCACCAACCUCCAGGAAAUAA